AUGGAACUCCAGGCAGAAGAGUUCCACCACCCUUAUUCGCCAUAUGACAUUCAGCUCCAGUUCAUGCGGGCGUUGUACUCUUGUAUCGAAAAGGGUAAAGUGGCUGUCUUUGAAUCUCCCACUGGUGACGACGGUGAACCGGAAUGGAUGCUGGAGUAUGCAAGACGGGAAUCUAGUCGCGCUAUUUCGGAGAGGAGGAAGGAACUUCAGACACGAUUGGCAAAAGCAAGACAUAUAGAGGAGAAGCAGAAAGUUGCUUUGGAGAACUCGAGCGGACCACGCAAACGACAGAAGUUCGAUAUACCUUCGAGAGCUUCAGAUGUGCAGACCGAGGAUAAUUUCGCCUUGGAUGAUUACGAUAGCGAAGACGAAGAGAAGCGUUCCUCACGGAGACGGAGUGAUUAUUCAAGUGGCCUUUCCAGUGGCACACUAGAGUUAUUGGAACGUUUCCAACACAAAUCCUCAGCACAUCCCAGACAAGACGAAGAUAAUGGGGAUGAAGAUAUCAAGAUAUUUUACUGCUCGAGGACACAUUCCCAAUUGACACAAUUUGCAAGCGAAUUACGAAGAGUCAAUAUACCUUCGAGCAUACCGAAGGACUUUAGCGAAGGACUGGCGGGCGCAGAUGGACUCCAGGAAGGUGUAAGGUACUUAUCUCUUGGGUCUCGGAAAAAUUUAUGCAUAAACCCUCAAGUGUCUUCCCUGAAUAAUGUAACAGCAAUCAGUGAACGCUGCUUAGAUAUGCAGCAGCCAGGUGUUGCUGCAGAACAGAAAUGUCCGUUUCUCCCGUCAAACGAGAAUGAGGCGCAGGUUUUACAGUUUCGGGAUCACGUACUAGCCACGGUGAAGGAUAUUGAAGAUAUAGGGAAAUUAGGGAAGAAUAUUGGAAUAUGUCCCUACUACGCGUCCCGCUCGGUCACCAAGCAUAGUGAGAUCGUGACGCUUCCGUAUCCCUUGUUGCUUCAGCGGUCAGCUAGAGACGCUCUUGAUCUAUCAGUAAAGGGCCAUGUCGUUGUUAUUGACGAGGCUCAUAAUUUGAUGGAUGCUAUAUCCAACAUCCAUUCGGUAACAAUCACACUCGCAGAGCUGCAAACUUCUCUAUUCCAGUUGACAACAUACGCACGAAAGUUUAAGACUCGACUAAAAGGAAAGAACAGAAACUAUAUCGCACAGGUUAUCCGACUUGUCACUUCGAUCACUGGCCAUCUCAAAACAAUUCUCGAAAGAAAUCAAGCGCUCGAAGGUCCUGUCCAGCCAUCAGACCUCAUGUCUGGGAAAGGUGUCGACCAGAUCAACCCUUACAAGCUAUGUCGCUAUUUGCGUGAGAGUAAGCUAGCGAGGAAGGUGGAUGGGUAUGCCGAAUUCUCUCGAGAGCGAGCAGACCGCCAAGCAGACAGAAAGCCUUCAACGCCGGUCCUAUUUCAUAUACAGAGCUUUCUCCUACCAUUGAUGAACCUUUCAGCAGAAGGGAAAUUGUUCUUUACGAAGGCCCAAGGUGAUAUUCAGUUAAAAUAUACGCUCCUCGAUCCAAUGAAUCAAUUUCGCGAAAUUGUUGACGAUGCAAGGGCUGUUAUAUUAGCUGGCGGAACUAUGUCACCUAUGACGGACUACGUAAACCAUUUGUUCCCAUACGUGCCAUCUAGUCGCCUGGGCACCUUCAGUUAUGGUCAUGUCAUUCCUCCAGAGAAUUUGAUCGCACAAGUUCUAGGUAGAGGAAUUACAGGUACAGAAUUCGACUUUACCUUUGAUACACGGGAUUCAGAACGGAUGAUAGUUGACCUGGGACGAACUAUAGCUGCCCUAUGCCAGGUUAUUCCGGAUGGCGUCGUUACCUUUUUCCCAAGUUAUGACUAUCUCAGUCGAGUUUUGGGCAUAUGGAAAAGACCCCUUGCAGGAGAGAAGAAUCGUACUGUCUAUGACUUGAUUGAGCGGAAAAAGACUAUUCUGCAUGAGUCACGAGAUAUGACUAUGAGCAUUGAAGAACUCUUGCAAGAAUAUGCAAGUGUUGUCGGAUCAGGAGGAGGGGCUCUACUUCUUUCAGUGGUCGGUGGGAAGCUGUCAGAGGGUAUCAACUUUUCUGACAGAUUGGGGAGAGGUGUGUUGAUUGUUGGCUUACCAUUUCCAAAUAUACGCAGUGCAGUUUGGCAAGCAAAGAUCCAGUAUAUUGAGCAAAAAGCCUACAAGGAGAGCUCGGGCUCCGAGGCAAGCCGGCAGCUGAUCGCAAAAGCUGCGGGAAAGGAUUUCUAUGAGAACUCUUGCAUGCGGGCAGUCAAUCAGUGCAUCGGGCGAGCUAUAAGACACCGUAAUGAUUAUGCUGCCAUCGUUUUGAUGGACAGACGUUACGAUAAACCCGCUAUACAGGGGAAACUGCCCGCUUGGAUCAAACAGAGCAUGGCGAGCAGUCCCGCCCUGCAGCCAGUUGGAGCAACAGUAGGUAGUCUAUCGAAGUUCUUUGUGGCACAAAGGACCAGCCAAACAUAG